GUCGACGGUGUUGUUUGUGUGGUGUGGUAGUAGAGACAGAGGACACAGAAGUUCUGUACCUGUAUUUUCGUUCGCUUCGCACGGCAAGCGCAGUCUCGCAGUGCCACAAUCGAAUGCGUAAGGGUGCCCCAGCACCAGUACCAGUACCGUGCAACCUGUGGUGGUGGUGAAGGCCUAUCGGAAAAGCGAAAGAAAACGGUAGAACGGGCAGGAGAAGCGUAUCAAGGAAAAAAAAAAGAAAGCAAAAAAAAUAUAAAAGCACAAGAUACCAAACUGACACAGCGUGAAACGGCAAGGGGGUAAGGCGGAAGAGAGCGACCCCGAGAUAAAAGAAACCCCCCCCUGGCAGAAGCUCUUCAAUCCAAAAACCCACCAAACUAUCUCAAUUGAUCGCAAUUGCCGUCGAGUGUGGUUUUUUUUUGCAGCAGCAGCAGCAACAGCAUCAACAACAAAAAUCCAAUAAUGGCUUCCUUUUCGCUGCCGCUCCAAUAUUCGCAAAGGAAACGACAGUAGUUACGCAAAUGUUGCUCAGAUCAUCAUCGUAGGCAGCCAAACCGAGUCUCCGGAAGGCGUGUGUUUCCCGUGUACCGAUUGCUCCUACACGAUUCGAACGAGCCACCGCGGUGCCGCGGUUGCCAGCCAAAUCUGCCGGCGGAAAUAACCAACCACCACCCCACCACGCUCCUGGCCGCUUCGGACGCGCUCGCACACCCAACCACACAGGGCUCUCGCUGAAGCGCCGGUGCCGACAGCAAUAAUCGGUCAGUGGUGGCGGCUGCGGCAGAGCAAACCGACGACGACGGUGGUGCAGGCAGCAGCGCGUCGGGCAGGCGGCGGACGGCAGCGGCGAGCAGGCGGCGGACGGCAGCAGCGCAACUGCACCGGCGGCGCACGGCAGUGACGGGCGUGGGCGGGCAGCGUCGCGCCGCUAGGAUUGCCGGACCGUCCAGCAGCAGGAAGCAGCAGCGGCACCACGCUGGAGCAGAUACGAAGGCGAAACCGUCGUCGUCGUCGUCAUCGUCCUCGCCAUCCCGAGCAGCAGCAGCAGCAGCAGCAGCAGCAGGUCCCGCACCAGCAACAGCAGCAGCAGCAGCAGCACAGUCGGCUGCGGGUGGCUGCGUAACAGCGGCAUCAUCCUGUUGCGCCGCCAUCAACCCGCCACCACCACCACCACCACCGCCACCCACACGACCCGCUGGAGGUGGAGGAGGGGGAGGAGGAGGAGGGGGCGGAGGGGGUGCGACCGAAGCGUCGUCCUGUGACGACGGUACAGGCAUCACCAGCAGCAGCAGCAGCAGCGGCGCCAAAAUGGUGGUAGCGUCGUCCGGGCACACAUCGGGCAGUGCCGCCGGCGGACAGCAGGCCCAGGCCCGGAGCAGCAGCCAGCACCUGCACAAGCUGGCCCAGGUCGCCAGCCCGGGCACGGGCAUGACGCCGAAGGAGCUGUCCGACAACGACGAUCUCGCCACCGGGCUGGUGCUCGACACCAUACUCGGCUUCCAGACGCACAAGAUGAGCCUCAAGUACCGGCCGCUCAAGGCGAACAAGGACGAGAUCAAGAACAUCAUCGAGGAGUUUAUACGGACGCAAAACUACGGCAAGUGCUACCAGCAGCUGAUGAACGGCAACUGGAUGCCGCGUUCCGUGCUGAACAAAAACAAGCUGGCCCUGAAGCGGCUGGAAGCACACAUCUAUCGCUACCUAAGGGUGUUUGAUCAGCAUUCCGGCUUCGUGAUCGAGGCGUGCUACCGCUACUCGCUCGAGGGCCAGAAAGGUGCCAAAAUCUGCUCCACCCGCCGCUGGAUGAAGAACGAGAAGAUCGAGUGCCUGGUCGGGUGCAUCGCCGAGCUGACGGAGCGCGAGGAGGCCGACCUGCUCUACCCGGGCCGGAACGACUUCUCCGUGAUGUACAGCUGCCGGAAGAACUGCGCCCAGCUGUGGCUGGGCCCGGCCGCCUACAUCAACCACGACUGCCGGGCGAACUGCAAGUUCGUGGCGACCGGGCGCGACACCGCCUGCGUGAAGGUGCUGCGCGACAUCGAGGUGGGCGAGGAGAUCACCUGCUUCUACGGCGAGGACUUCUUCGGCGACAACAACUGCUACUGCGAGUGCGAAACGUGCGAGCGGCGCGGGACGGGUGCGUUCGCGGCCCGCGCCCGCCUGCUGGAGGAGGCCGGCAGCUCCGCCCUGUACAACGGGGGAGCGGGAGUGGGCGGCAGCGCGGGCGACGCUGGGUGCGGUGCGGUUGGGACCGGCGCGGGGAGCGAUGUGAACGGGACGGGCGCCCGGCCCCGCUACGAUCCCUGCCUGGUGGGGGGCGGUGUGAACGGGCCGAGCGGCGGUGUGGUGGUGGGCGUCGUCGGCACCGCCAACGGGGGCGUGCGGUACCGGCUGCGCGAGACGGACAAUCGGCUGAACCGGAUGAAAAACAAGCGCAACAAUGGGGCGGGCGGGGGCGAGGCGGGCCCGAAGGCGGUGACCGCGAUUGGGAAGGAGCCGCCCUCCGCCCUCAGCCUGCUGACGGUGCGCGAGCUGCGCGACAAGGGCAUGACCAAGUACGAUGCGGAGAUGCUGCUCGCGCAGCAAAAACCGUACUGCACGAGCGCGGCCACGCUGGCACCGGCACUGGCACCGGUCGCUGGUGGUGCGGGCGCGGGUGGUCGUGUGCCGGCGGGGACCGCAGCGCCCGCUCAGCACAGUGCCGACACGGCGGGGGAGGAAGAGGCGCCUGGGAGCAAGAAGGUGGCGGAGAGGAGCGAAGCACAGAUGAAGCGAGCGACCCGCUCGUCGACCUGCGGCAGCACGAAGCCACUGAUCGUGGCCGCCGGCUCCGCCGCUGCCGCCAGCAAGCCCGAGGAAGGCGCGAAAGCGCAGGAGAAGAAGCGAGACGGCAGCGCGCACGAGGGGGCGAAUGGGAAGGUGGCACCGCCGGGCAAGAGCAAUCCCCGCCGACGGUACAGCAGCUACAGCAGCGCCAGCACGGAGCUGUCGAGCGUGUCGACCGAGCGAAAGCCGCAAUCCACGGACCGUCGACAGCAGCAGCAGCAACAGCCACACGAAACCAAACGCAAGCGGAAAAAGGAACCGGCGGAGCACGGGCAGCGGCAGCGGGCUGCCUCCGUAGCGCCGGGGAAGGGCCGGGCCCGCUCGAAGGACCCGGCCGACGAGAUCAUCGUCAUCGACGACGAGUGCAGCAACGGCAGCAGCAGCGUGCAGUCGGGCACGGACGCGCAACUGCCCUUCGGGCGCAAGCGGCGCGCCAGCAUGUACACGAGCAGCAGCCGCAGCAUCUACACGUUCCACGACGACGCGCUGGACGAUGGGCCGGCGCCCCCCGCGCCCAACGGGUACUACGCGCUGCGCAACAACCCCCCCGCCCAGCAGGACGGUCAGCCGCCGCCGCCCCGGUCGGGCGGGCAGGCAGCAGCGGCGGCCGCGACGAGCCGCAAACGGCCCCGCGAGCAGACACCGGACGAGCAGCAUCCGGGUGUCGCUUCGGCCAAGCGGCCCGGCGGGGACAGCGCGCCACCCCGCAUCAUGACCCGCUGCAUGUCGUUGCGUUCGGGCCAUGGCCCCCCGACGGCGGCGGGGAAUGCCGAAUCGUCGUCGUCAACCACCGCCGCCGGCAGCAGCGAGAUGGAGGAAAUAAGCCCACGGGUAACGCGCGGUAUGCUGCGCCUGCUGGAGGACCACGAGGCCCCGAAGCCACCGUCCCGGGGCGCCUCCGCCGAACCGCAGAACGGCGGCACGUAUGCCAGGAGGCCUGGUAGAAGGCUAUCGACCGUCACGACGACCACGGCGCAGCCGGGCGACGAACCGCACGCCGAGCGGCCGCAGGAGUGGAACAGGGGCAGCAGCCGGCGCAAGCAGAAGCUGCAGGUGGCGCGCUACGGGCGGAAAAAGGAGCCCCCCCGAGAGGGUGCGGGCCCCGACGACGAGGAAGAGGAGGACGACGACGACGAGCCGGAGGAUGACGACGAGGAGAGGGAGGAGGAGCACCGUGUAGGGGAGAAGGGUGCGCUGCUGAAGCGGCUGCAGCAGGAGGAAGUGGGGCCGCCGGUCGCCCGUUCCACCGCCACCGCCACUGCCAGCAAUCGUACCCGCAAGCAGCUCUCACCGACCAAGCGGACGCGCGGUGCCCGGGAGGUCACGCUCAACCGGAGGCAGGUGGGCGGGCAGGCCAGCGAACGGAGAAGGUACGAUUUCGGCGAGCAAGACGGGGAGGAGGACGAGGAGGAGGACGAGGAGGAGGACGACGUGGAGGACGAGGAGGACGACGUAAUAUGGCAACAUCCGGCAAAAAAUGGCAACAGAAGCGGCAGCAGCAACAGCAACCUGCCCACCAGCAGCAGCAGCUCGGCCAGCACCUUUCUGCUGCGGGACGGAGCCGGCCCCGACGGCGGCAGCCCCGGCGUAAUCGUCCUGUCUAGCUCGUCCGCCUCCUCCUCCUCCUCCAGCUCGUCCGCGUCGUCCGUGUCGUCCGUUUCGUCGGUGUCGUCCGCUCGCCACAAGGCGACGAACGCCGCCGAUCAGCAUCGGCUGAAGCUGAAGCUGCGCAUGAAACCCGUCUCGACCACCACCGGCGGAGAGGAGGAGGACGAGGAGGCGGAGGACGAGGAGGAGCAGCGGGACCGGUUGCGGCAGCAGUGGCGCACGGGCGGCGUGCCCUUGGCGCAGUCAAAAUUUGCGCCCCACAGCCGCCCGGACGCAGCUGGGGCGCGCAAGGGUAGCCGGCGGGACGACGGGCAGUCCACCUCGGUCGGCAGCACGACGCACGGUCGGGGGGACGAAGCGGAGCACGCCAGAACGCCCGUGACGACCGUUUCGGACGAAGACGACGAGGACGACAUCAUACUGGCGAAGAUUCUGCAGUGUGGCAAGCAGCAGCAGCAGCAACAGCAACAGCAGCAGCAGCAGCAGCAGCAGCAGCAGCAGCAGCAGCAGCAGCAACAGCGGAGCGGCACGUUUCGGCACCGGGAGCAGGCGGCGACACAGCAGCACUCGUCCAGCAGCAUCAGCAGCAUGGCGAUCAGUUCCUCCACCUCGUCGGCCAAGGACGGCGAGGCGACGAGCAGCAGCAGCAGCAGCAGCGCCAAGCUGUCGCCGUCGUCCACCGCAUCCUCCUCCACGCUGCCGGCGGGCGAACCGCUGAUGCGGACGCCGGAGCGCCGGCUGAAGCUGACGCUGCGCAUGAAGCGCAGCCCGGUGAUAGACGAAAUCAUCGAGUCGGGCAACAGCAUGAGCGACGCGGACAAUGGCGGCAGCCCGGGUGCGUUUCGGCGCGAGUACGAGAUACUGCGCAUGGAGGGUUUGCGCGAGCACGACGACGAGGAGGAGGAGGCGGAGGGAGCGCCGGACCGCCCGUACGGGAGGUGCCGCGGCGGCGUGUUGCCGGCCCGCCGCUCGCUCACGUACGACUCGUCGGCUGCCAGCAGCACGCACGGCGGCAGAGCGAAGGGCCGGCGGCGGGACGACUCGCCGGCCGACACCGAACCGCCGCUCUCGAAGGACGACAAUGGCGAGCAGGGAAGGGAGGAGGAGGGAGAGGAGGGGGAGGAGGAGGACGAAGACCUGACGUCGUACAGCAGCAGCUGCAGCAGCCUGGUGUCGCAGAAGCGGAAAAAGCGCCACAAAGCGUCCAAGGAAGCGCGCCGGCUGCGCAAGGAGGCGAAGCGGCAGCGCCGCCAGCAGCAGCUGCUGUACGAGACGGUGUGCGCGGCGGAGCAGCGGCAUGGCGGGCACGAACAGCUUAAAUCAAAGUAUUACGCCACCUACGCGGCGCCAGCAGCACCGGCAGCGCUGCACGACGAAAAGGUCGAUGGACAGGGGGAGAGCAGUGUGGUAGCUUCAGCAGCAGCACCACCACCACCAUCCCCUGCCAGCUCUUCCACGGUGACGCACGAGCUACCACCGGCUGCCCCACACCAGCGCGCACAUCCUUCUCCGCCUCCACCACCGCCACCACCACCACCUCCACCUGCGCUCCCAGCGCAUCAAAACAGCUACUCGCAUCCGCAUCACCACCAUCACCACCAGCACCACCAUCCCCAUCAUCAUCAAACUCAUCAGUCUGUGAUACUGCAGCCGACCGCACUGAGCGGGAUGCGCACGGAAGCGACCGGUGGCGGCGGCCGGGACGACUGGUACGAGAUGGGUCGCCCGAACAUCCGGUGGCCGCACCUGCUAAAUCCCUCAGCGACCGGUGGCGGUGCAAUGUACGGCGACACGGUGAGCAGUGCUGCCGCCGCCACGGCCCCGCCCAGCGAGGGCAUCGGGAACGGCGGUAUCGGGCUGCCGAUGAAGCGCCUUCGGCUGAUCUUCGGCAACGAGACGCACACGCGCGACAUUCCUGCGGUCGAGGCGGCGCCGAGCGGCAUCACGGGCGCCAGUACCGCCACCACCACCACCAACACCCCCAGCCCGACGGCUACCGACGAUGGGACGGUGGUGGUGCUGUCCGAGGCACUUCCCACCGCCGCUGCCAGCUCUUCCUCGUCGACGGUUCGCUCCCCCGGGCGGAGCGUCCUGCGGAACGGUGGCGAGCACACGUCGACCACCACCGGCAAGCUCCACCCGUGCCCCGUGUCGUCCAACGUGAUCGUGAGCAACACGCCGGGCGUGAUCGUGAGCCCAACGCGACCGCCGCCCCCUCACCAGCCGUCCCCGGCGGUGCUACGAAGCAAUGGGAGCGAUGGCGUCAUCAACAGCACGACUGGUUGCGACGUCGGUGGCGCUGGCGCGCACCUUGGGCUGCUGCAGCGCCCCCAGCAGCACGCGCACCAUCCACCCUCGGCUGGUGCGGGUGGAGGGGGCGGUGGUGGCGGUGGUAGCAAUGGGUUGUUGCUGCACGCGCAAUACCAUCUGCAGCCGCCACCGUCGUCGACCCUUCCCACCGAGGUACCGUGCGGCGGUGGGGCCGUCUACCCGCCCGUCUCGGGCGGAGACCUUCAGCUCGGCAGCAGUGCCGGCGGGCUACAAACUACCAGAUUCCUUCUUCUCUCGUUCCCGCCGACGCUCGAUGUGCAGCCGUGCUCGGGCAAUGGCACCAGCUGGUAGGUGGUUGGGGGUGGGGAGG